AUGAGUAAUUGGGCACGACGGAUGCACCGGCGAGCCGCUACCCUCAGUAAUGUGGUAACGUCUUGUGGUCAUCCUAAUUCCCUACCUUAUCCAAGAAGAUUAGAGAAAGUAAAGUUUGGUGUUCCACUUCACGAAGUAUGCAAGGAGGACAUUCCUGGACCUUUGCUUGUUUUAAUAUUGAAGUUGAACAAGGAAGCACCACUACGACGCGAUGUAUUCCGUGCACCUGGUCACCAAGGGGCCAUGAAGAAACUCAUUCACUUCCUUCAGACUGGCAGAUUAGUCAAUGUGGAUAACUAUUCUGUUUAUACUAUUGCUAGUGUCCUGAAGAAGUUUCUCAGGAAAAUCCCUGGUGGUGUAUUUGGGCGUGAUGGUGAGAUGCAAUUGUUUGCUGCAGUUGAGCUGCCACCAGAACAACAAGUGGAUGCUAUAAGAAGAUUACUCCUGUCUCUGCCGGUUUGCACGCAACGGUUGCUGGUGCUACUCUUCGGCACAUUUCGCGUGAUGGCUUCAAAUGCGGAUAAAGCAGGUACAGGAAUGACUUCCGAGGCCCUCGGAGUGUCGGUGGCUCCAUCUUUCUUCCACUCUUGCGUGUCAGACGGCAAGACAGCCACGAUGGAGGAUGUGCAGCGGUUCAAGGUGGCGACGCGUAUAAUGCGACAAUUGAUUGAGCAAUUCAGCGCGGGCGAUCUCUUUGGCCGGGACAACUACGAAUACUAUGCCCGUGUGACGGGGCGAGUAUUGCGCGUUAAGGACGAGUGGAUCUGCUCUUUCCGGGACCCGCCGCCACCUAGACACCAUCGAGAUCAAGAGGCAUAUGCUCGACAACUGUCACUCGAAGCAGAGAAGACCUGGCUGCAAUGUGAAUGCGAUCGUUGGGGGAAUAAAUAUAACUUAGAAGCACUCUCAAAAUCCGAAGAAUGCCAGUCAAUGCCAGCGCUCCUGGGCGUUGUGGGUACCAACGGUGGCGGUACCCUUGGCCUGGGCAUCAUUCCCGAACACAGUCUAUUGGACUCGUGCACACGUCUCUCGAUAUCCUUGGAGGAAAGUGUAUUUAAGGUUUCAGUCAGCUCAUCGUCUCAGUCCUCGUGCAGCAAUUCCAGCCCCCACAUGACCCUAGAGGAACUUCGGGCCAUUAACAAAUACGCCGAGAGCACUAAGAGCCUCUCGUACUUACCUCAGGUCCACGAGCGGCAGCGGGCGCGGAUGCAAACGCGCUCCGAAUGGUUCCUGCAGCCCGCCGCGUCGCUGGACGCCCCCCGCUCGCGCCCCGGUACGCCCCCGCCCCCUCCGCAAGACGCUACCCAGCCCCCUUACGCUCCGAGACCGAGCUUCGAACAAUCAGAGAGCACCGCACUAUACGUGCUUGUCGCCUGCCUAGAGUUCUUGUUUUGA